ACAUAUAAACCAGUGAUGAGCUGCUCUGUGCUGGUGGAAGCUACAAGUUCUUCGAACAUCGAAGACGAUUUAUACACAUUCAAAGAAGAGCCGUGCUCGCCUCUGUCGGGUAACUCGCCGGAGCAGCAGUUUGCGGCGGACAGCGCAGGCGCAGGCGCGGGCGCGGGUGCAGGCGCAGGCACGGGGGGCAAGGCGGCGGCGCCCUGCAAGGUGUGCGGGGACAAAGCCUCUGGGUACCACUACGGCGUCACCUCCUGCGAGGGUUGCAAGGGCUUCUUCAGACGAAGCAUACAGAAACAAAUAGAGUACCGCUGCCUCAGGGACGGAAAGUGCAUCGUUAUACGACUAAACAGGAAUCGGUGUCAGUUCUGCAGAUUCAAAAAGUGCCUAGCUGUCGGCAUGAGUCGAGACUCCGUGAGGUACGGACGAGUCCCGAAGAGGCCGAGGGAAGUGGUGAGCAACGAUAGCAUGCCCGACCUGGCGCGCAACUUGAGCUCGUCAGGGAUCAUCCCCAUCCCGGGUAUCGAGGACAUGGACCCGGAGACACUUCGCCACGGCGUGGCCAAGGAGUUGAUCAAGAUGGUGUCGGCGGCGCACCGCGGCAACAACACCUACACGGAGGAGCUGCGCCGCACGCUGCACCACCACACCAUCAUGCUCAAGAUCGACGACUCCGAUAACGAAGGAAGCGGCGGUGAGGAAGCAGCCAGUUCGACGACGGAUCGUGUGACGGAUGUGCGCUCGGUGCUGUGGUACAACGUGGCGCUGCGCAUGACCCCGGCCGUGCAGCAGGUGGUUGAGUUCGCCAAACGACUGCCUGGCUUCCACACCCUGCCGCAGGAUGACCAGCUUAUACUCAUUAAGCUAGGGUUCUUCGAGGUGUGGCUGACGCGAGUGACCCGCUUGUCUACAUCAGAUUGCAUCGUGUUUGACGACGGCACAGCUAUAUCGCAGAGCCAGCUUGACAUCGUGUACGAUGCACCAUUUGCAACAGCAAUGCUGACUUACGUGCGCACUGUGGUCAAGAUGCAGAUGUCCGAGGAAGAGAUGGCGAUCUAUACCGGCACUCUGCUGCUGUGCCCGCAACGCAGCGGACUGAGCGACCCCGAUCGCAUCGAUACUCUGCAUCGAGCUGUCGGCGACGCUUUUCAACACGUUGUGAUCGGGAGCGGCGUGGCGGACGUGGCGGGGCGCCUGGAGGCGUUCGCGGCGGCGACGCGCGACGUGCGCACGUUGGGCACGCGCCACAACGAGCUGCUGGCGUGGUGCCGCGACCACUGGCCGCGCCUGGUCCUGCCCGCACUCUUCUCCGAGAUCUUCGACAUUCCCAAGUCUGAGGAGGACGACGUGACCGACUCCGAGCGCGCCUCGGCGCCGGUCUCCCAAUUACAGGGAUAAACAUAAAUUAUUUACACAUGAUAUAAAACCCAUUUAAGUAAUUACCUAUUCCAGAAAGAAGCGCAUUUAAAUUACUUCUUUCUCAGCGACAUAAUGUAUUAUUGUCAACGAAUAUUAGUCGAGUCAAUGAAACGUUUCACUUCUUAUUUCGUAAGGACAGGUCCAAUAAAACUUCUCAAUUUCAUUUUUAACAUUAAAAGGUAUCAAAUUAUAAAUUACUUUUAAAAUUCUGUAAACGGCUUCAUUUAUAUACCAGAAACAGUUUUUGCGUCCGCUGUUCAUCUGUGAAAGGGUCUCAAAGUUCUACCUUAAAAGGCUGUAUCUUUUGAACUAUAUUAGGUACCCAGUUUUACAGAAUAUGCAUUAUUAUAGGGAUAUUAUAUCAAGUAAUGGAUAAUCUAGAAAGUAAAAAAAAAUAAGCGGGCCCCCCCAUAAAUGUAACUUUUCUUUUCAACAUCUUUUUGUCUUUGCUCAGUAGUAAAAACAAACAACAUCACAAUAGGCCUCGUCCGUCUGCUGAGGACGAUUAUGAGACAUUUUCGUUAGUGACUGUAUAGUCCGAUACGGGAGCGAUAUGGUCUACCGCAUGCUCGGCAGGAAAAAAAUUGUAGAUGGUAUUAAACCGCUGUCAUGUCUCCUCAGAUGCUCUAAAACCUGGAACCAGGCACCUAUGUUUUCUCUCUAAUGAGGCACUCAACAUGCUUCUGAUUUUAAAUAAAAUUGAAGAAUACACCCCAAUAAGAAAAAGUCAUCAAAAUCGAACCUGUCCCUGCGAAAUGAAAAGUUUUACUGCUUUAUUGACGCUACUAUGCAUAUAGCGCCUACAUGGGUUUCAUGUUCAUUAUGAUUGAUGGUUAGUUCGUAAGUGGUAACUUUAAAGUUUGCCAAGUCAUCAUACAGGACCAUGUAUCGUAUAAUCGUAUAAAAAUAGCGAAUAAGGGUCAUUCAAGUAAUACGUAAGCAGAAUUUCAGUAGGUAUUUUUAAUUCCCCUCCUUCUCUUUGUCAGUAUAAGCAAAACUCUUACUGCACCUAUAGGCUUAGAGGAAUAUAAGAAAAAGUAUAUAUUGCAAACAUAAUCAUCAUCAAGAGCUCUGGCCCCGUCUAAAUUUAAGCCACGCAAAUACCCAACCCCCAUUAGUUCUUACGUAAUACUUGAAUAGGCCCACACAAGUUAUUCAAUUUACAUAAUACAGUUAUUUUCUUGUCAGGUAAUAGUGUAAGCUUCACACGUCCGCACAUAGAAAUAGAGGAUAUUUGGUGGCGGGUUCUCCACUUGAAGAUCUUUUUAUUUAUGUUACGUUAUAACUCUAUAGCCCUCUAGGAUUCCGUUAAAUUAUAUUUUAGUAAUAAAGUUUAGACCUAACAAUAUAGGGACAUAUUCGCCUACAUACAUAUUGAAUUAUAAUUUAUGUAUUCUACCUAGAUAUUAAAUAAAAAGUAAAUUUAAAGGCACGUGUUAAAAGAUAGCAACAAGUAUAUAAUGAUUAUGACAAAUAGAUUUAUUUUGUUAUUUUAACUCUUAAUUUUAAGAUCGAUUUUUCUUUUUAUAAUUUUUCUAUCGUUUGUUGUUAUAUAUUUUAUUUUUUAUAGAAAAACUGAAAAUCGUGACUGUGAUCGCAUAUAAGAAGUGUUUUUGGGGAUUUGAUAGUAUAAAAUAUAGUAUUAUGUGUCUGAAGCACCUGUAGCGUGCUCUACUGCGGUAUAAUGUAACGGUCUCCAAUAUUACUUAGGAGAUAUUGUAAAUACGAGGCUGUUAUAUUGUACCGGGUGUAUCAGUUACUGUAAGUUACCACAAGCGCCGCCGUCUCCCAUUUUACCAUGUAACCAAACUAAAAAAAAUAUGACCGUUCAAUAACACCCGCUAGCCUAACGUUACUGUCGGCAACUAUAAGCACUUAUUAAAAAACUGAUGAACAAAAUGAGAGGUGGUAGCGCUGAUGGUCGAAUAUACACCGGACUGGGUUGUGGGUGGCAGAGUAUGUAGGUUCUUCUGAUCCAUGCGUGAAUGUUCGUGAAUCAAGGGUAGGGUCUAGUUUCACGUCACAUUACGCUGUACUGUAUAAGUGCACAUUUUAUUUAUGAAGCUUUAAAAUGUUUUAUUUUGCUCAACUUCUCCGGUGGUGGGAUUUAUGUUGCAUUUGUCUCGUGGCUGUUAUAGAGGCGCAGAUUGUGUUAAUUCUUUAUAAUUACUUAUAUUCUUCAUACUACAUACACAACGCCUUUAUAACUUCCACGAAACACUUGAAAAUUCAAAUAAUUAGUGUAUCGCGAUUGCAUUUACUCAGCAUUUUCGCACUUUUGAGGAUUUUAGCAUAUUAGUUUGUAUUUAAAUUGUUUAAUGUUUCACCGUGUACUCUUUAGAGAUAAGACUUACAAUCUUUGGAAAUGAUGAGCGAGUAAUCAGGACAAUGAUGUGAUGACACAAACCAUGAGUACACGGCGUAGGUACAAUAGAUGUUAUAAAUUAAAUGCAAAUUACUACAAACUGUGCCGGAACUUCUCUGACUAGUUGUAAAUAUAGCGUCGAUUUGUUUGGGCUGUUGGGGUAUAUGAAAUAGGUGCUAAGGAUUGAGAGUCACAACCUCUUGGCGGAGGUUAACGUAAUUGCGUUUAUUUGGCAUAAACGUAGUUUCAAAGUAAUACAUAUUGGAAAUAGGUAAAACUAGGUCCAGGCCAGUCUGGUCUUUAUAAGCCCAACUUUAUAAUUGCCUGCCGAAAAAUAGCUUUUGCAAUUCUUGUACACAUUUUAACAAUCCCUUUUUUUAUUUAAUCAUGACUUAUGUUUUUGGCCUGAUGUCGUGAACCUCAAUCUUUAUGCACAUUUUAUUAAAUUGGUGACAUUGAGUUUUAUCGUCGAAACUCUUAAGUUAUAGAGACAGUCAUAUAAUUUUAAAGGUAAAUAUUUCGAUUUAGAACUUCACUUUCUACUAUGUUAGAGUGAAUAUCUACAAACAAUUAUGUACGAAAUACACGCAUAAUAAAAAUUAAAGAGUUUUAUUUC